GGCUUCUUGGGCUUCGGGAGUGUUUCCCAUUUAAACAAAUAGUGCUGAAGAUGGCGGAGAGUUAAUGGUGUAAAGAAGAAAUUAUCGAUCCGGUAGACAAGACACGUCUACAAGACUCCACUGACCUACUCACAUAGGACCCCCCCAGAGUGAGGGGGUGGGGGUGGGACCUGAUCAUCGAUCAUCUCAGGACGAUCACAAGGUGCUGAUAUGCAUAUACAAUGAGCGGACUGGGGGAGAACUCCAUGGAGCCUCUAAGCUCAGAAAACCGGAAACGCAAACUGUCCACUUGUGACACUCCAGGUUUAGGAUGUGAGAGGAAGCGGCGGGAGCAGGAGAGCAAAUACAUAGAGGAGCUGGCAGAACUGAUCUCUGCCAAUCUCAGCGACAUCGACAGCUUCAAUGUCAAGCCAGACAAAUGCGCCAUUCUGAAAGAAACAGUGCGCCAGAUCCGCCAAAUCAAAGAGCAGGGAAAAGCCUCAUCCAAUGAUGAUGAUGUUCAGAAGUCAGAUGUUUCCUCAACAGCUCAGGGUGUCAUUGACAAAGACCACCUGGGGCCACUUCUGCUGCAGGCUCUUGACGGCUUCCUGUUUGUGGUGAACCGGGAAGGCAGCAUCGUGUUUGUGUCCGACAACGUGACUCAAUACCUGCAGUACAAACAGGAGGAGCUUAUCAACACCAGUGUGUACAACAUUCUCCACGAGGACGACAGGGAGGAGUUUCACAAGAACCUGCCCAAGUCCAACAUAAAUGGACUAUCAUGGGGAAGUGAGGCCACGCGACAGAAGAGUCACACCUUCACUUGCCGGAUGCUGGUCAAAUUUGGCCACCCCCAUGGUCCCAUGGAGGAGGGGCCAGGAGGCCCACGCUAUGAGACCAUGCAGUGUUUCGCCCUCACCCAACCCAAAGCCAUGAUUGAGGAGGGAGAAGACCUUCAGUCAUGUAUGAUUUGUGUGGCCCGCCGGGUCACAGCCAUGGAGAGAACCGAGAGCUUCAACACACGGCAUGAGCUCUCAGGUAAGCUGAUUCAGAUAGACCAGAACUCUCUGCGUGCAUCCAUGCGUCCAGGCUGGGAGGAUUUAUUGAGGCGUUGUAUUCAGAUGUUCCUACAACACAGUGAUGGGCAGCCUUGGUCACACAAACGGCACUACCACGAGGCCUUUCUGCAAGGUCACGCUGAGACACCACUGUACCGUUUCUCUCUGUCAGACGGCACCCCAGUUACAGCACAGACAAAGAGCAAGCUGUACCGUCACCCAAUGAGCAACGAGCCACAAGGCUUCAUCUCCACUCACCUAUUGCAAAGGGAACCAAAUGGUUAUCGCUCAGCUCAAAGUGGGACUAUGAUGCCAAACACAAUGAGACCACAAGGCAUGGGUGGCGCCAACCCAAAUUCCCAAAUGAACAUGAACACAGGUGGGGGGAUGGGCAUGGGACCAGUCAGCAACAUGAACAGAGGUUUUGGCAUGAAUGAGCAGAGCCACAUGGGUCCAAUGGCAGGCAGUUCAAUGUAUGGGGGGAGCAGUGGAGGUGGCGUCAUGGGCAGUCGCAUGAUGCACAUGAAUCAGGUGGGGCAUAUGAAUCAGAUGAGUCCCAUGAAUCACCCAAGCCAAGGUGUGCAGCACUCACAGCAACCACCGUUUCAAAGCAGUGGUGGGUACGGACUUGGCGGCAUGAACAGUCCAUCAGGAAGUCCCCGUAUGGGCGGCCCUCAGCAGGGACUCCUGAUGUCACCCCGGAACCGCGGGAGCCCAAAGAUGGGUGCAAACCAAUUCUCGCCUGCAGGCUUACACUCUCCUAUGAGUAGCAUUGGAAGUGGUGUAGGAAGUGGAGGGAGCUCAACCACUUUCUCCAGCAGCUCACUCAAUGCUCUUCAAGCCAUCAGUGAAGGUGUAGGGAGUUCUCUUCCCUCUACUCUGUCCUCCCCCUCAUCAACACACAAGCCAGACAGCUCUCCCAGCAUCCACUCCUCUUCUUCUUCUUCUCAAAUUAAUCAGCCAUGCAAACCAGGCCAAGAAGGUUCCAAAAGCCCAGGAGGGAACUUGGGGCCCGCACCCAGUGAUCAUCACCAUCCCAUGUACCAUCACCACAACCAUCAGCAUUCUCAAGCUGAAGGUUCUGCAGACAGAUCAGACAGCCAAGCAGUUUCAGCUAAUAAAGAACCUGGAGAGGGAAACACUGAGAUGGGGGUGGCAAGCUCUGAACCCCCUCGGAGGGUACCGGACAGUAAGGGGCACAAGAAGUUGUUGCAGUUGCUGACUUCUCCAACUGAGGAACUGGGAAUGGGCAGCUCCGGGCCACCAAUACCAUCUGCACCAACCAGCAGCAACAUUUCUGCAUGCGCAGACAGUAAAGACCCCAUUGGAGGCAUAACUAGCCCCUCAUCUACAGGGGUUUCCUCUUCUUCAUCAGCUGCUGCAAGUUCAGGCCAGACAGCAGGACCAGGAAGUGUCCCAGCAUCACUGUCAUCAGCCCACUAUACAGGAUCCCUGCAAGAGAAACACAAAAUACUCCAUAAACUUCUACAAAAUGGAAAUACUCCAGAUGAAGUUGCUAAGAUUACAGCUGAGGCUACAGGAAAGGUGUCACUGGGGAGCCAGGAGGGAGGUGAAGUAGCAGCAGCAGGAGGAUCAGGCACUGGAACUGGGACCGGAUUAGUCACUGAACCCAAGCAAGAACAGCAUAGCCCCAAAAAGGAGAAGACACAUGCCCUCCUCCACUACCUCCUCAACAAGGAUGAUUCCAAGGAGCCUGGGGAUGUUAAGCCCAAGUUGGAAGAGCUUGAUGGGAAGGGAGCUUCAGGACCUGUUGGCAGCCUUCAACGGAGUGCCCCUGGAUCCUGUCCCGCAAUGGAACAUCCUGAGAGCAAAAUCAAGUCUGAACCACCUGAUGAGUUGGAGAACUUGGAGUCUAUUUUGGGAGGUCUGAGGGGUUCAAACUCUGACUUUUACGUUGAUCAGUCUGGAGGGUCAAACGACACAGGAAAUAAAGCCCAGGGUUGCCUUGAUGACACCCUUCAGGGGAGUCCAGGAAUGGGUCAGGGGCCUCGCAUCCCUUUCCAGAGGACUAUGUCCAUGGAUGGAAAGCCUGCUGGCGCAGCUGGAGUAGCAGGUAGACGCCCCAUGCUUAUCAAGCAGGAAAACCUGAUGGUCAGCCCAGAUGGUUACCCAGGAAACAUGGGACCCAUGAAUAGGGGCAUGGUUGCCCAGAGGUCUCCAGUCGGGGGGUCAGGGGAGUGGGGAAUGCCGCGUUCUACUACCAGCCCUGUCGGAUCAGCAGGACACCCCUCAAUGAUGCGCCCAGGUAUGGAUUUCAACAAUGGCAAAGGCGUGAUAGGAGGACCCAUAGUCAGCCGUGCCAACAGCAUACCAGGCACAAGGUCCAUGCUGCAACAGCAGCUCAUGGAUAUGGGUGGCUCUGGAGACAUGGGCAUGGGUAUGAUGCCCUUCAGCCAGCAGAGUCAGUCUAACCAGUCCCCCUCCUGGCCAGAUAGUAUGAUGGGUUUGGAGGGUAACAGACGCCAAUUUGCUAACUCCUUAGAUGAUCUUCUGGUGCCUCCCACAACCACUGAGGGUCAGAGCGAUGAGCGAGCGCUCCUGGACCAGCUGGACUCUUUGCUGAAGAAUACAGAUGGCAUUGCUCUGGAGGAGAUAGAUAGAGCCUUGGGGAUACCAGACCUUGUCAGCCAGACUCAAGGAGCAGAGCAGCAUCUAGAGCCAUUUCCAGGACAGGACCCAUCCUUGGUUCUUGACCAGAAGCCUCUCUAUGGACAGGGUUACCCUGGACCCCCUGCAAUGUCUCUGCAGUCUACUUAUGGUGGGAACCCCAUGCAGGGGCAGUCCCAACAAGGAGGGUUUGGGCCCAUGCUUUCACAGAUGGGCCAAGGAGGCAACUUUCCAGUUAUGGGUGCAAUGGGGGGCAUGGGACACCCUCGCAGCAACAUGAUGAGACCGAGGAUGAUCACUGCAAACAAGCCCAUGAGGCUCCAACUUCAACAGAGACUACAGGGACAGCAGUUCAUGAAUCAGACCCGGCAGAGCAUGGCCAUGAAGAUGGAGAAUCCUGGGGGUAAUCCUGCCAUGAGACCUGGAAUGCAGCCUGGAAUGGGAGCACAGGUGCAGCCGAACUUCCUCAAUGCUCAGAUGAUAGCUCAGCGCAGCAGAGAGAUGGUCACCAUGCAGAUGAGGCGUCAGCGCAUGAUGAUGCUGAUGCAGCAACAGCAGCAGCAAGCGGCAGCAGCAGCUGGAGGAUUCAGCCCCCCUCCGAACGUCACCACUCCUGGUGGUAUGGACAACCCAAUGGGAGGGCCAAACAUGGGCCAACCAGGCCCACAGCAGUUUGGUUAUGGCGGGAAUUAUGGCAUGGGCCAGCAGGGGGAGCCAUCAUUCGGCCCAACAGGUGGCAGUCCUCCUAACACUAUGAUGCCAGGUCGAAUGGGGCCUCAGAAUCCCAUGAUGCAACAGCACCCACAGGGGGGUCCCAUGUACCAAAGUGCAGAUAUGAAGGGCUGGACUCAGGGCGGUGUAGGGCGCAGCAGCAGCUCAUACCCUCAGCAGCAGUUUGGGCAGCAGGGGAAUCCAGGCCAGUACGCAGGCAUGAUGAUGAAUGGGGGCAUGUCAGCUAGUGGAGGCGGAGGCCACAUGGGACAGAUGGGAGUGAACCCAAUGGUGAUGGGACGCAUGCCAAUGGGUCCUGACCAGAAGUACUGCUGAAAAAUGGCGACAGAAGCAUUUGUCUCACUGUGAUCUCCAUUCAGAGGUAGUACUGGAGCGUGUGGAGGACCAGGUGUAAUGCUGGACUCCCACCAGGAGUGGGAGUGGACUUUCUGUGGACUCACAGCCAGUAAUGGCAGCCUUUGAACCUGAGGGAGACGGACAGCGUGUCGCUGGCAUAC